AUGCCCGACAUCAAUUCGAUCCCGGCGUCAGCCAGUCUACAAAAUCGCUCGCGCCGUGCAUCUCAGCAUCAAUCAUCAGACGCCCUAGAAUCCUCCCUGAAUAUCUUACCGUCGAACCAGAGCGCUGUCAACCCAUCUGCGUCACCCUCAUCCUCUCAUAUUCAUGCUUCACAGUCCUCACCACCUUUACCGCCAAACGCAGCCCAGCUGGAUGCUGAAGUUGUUUCAGGGCCCGGCCCUCUGAGGCACCCUCGACCUCUCACGGCUUCGGAGCUGCAUAUGCAGCUGGAGAAGGAGCAGGAGGCAGUGGUAAACCGUCUCACACGUGAGCUGUCGCUGCUGCGAGCCGCCCACAAUGCAUCGGUUGUCUCAAAUGCGUCUUCAACAUCUGCAACGCAAUCAAACCAGGACGUGAUCACCGACGCCUCCUACCGUUCCGGCGCCGGAUUCGCCAUCCCGACCGCUGGGAGGCACCGGCGCACGUCAUCGUCUACGUCGCAAAACCCACUAUCCUCGUCGUAUGAUGCUCGAACCCAGGCGACGAUGCCUACGAGACCCUUGUCCAUCUCCCGACAAAAUAGCACUGCGUCACGAAGAAGCCAGAACAACGGCUCCCCCGUCCCAUCGGCCGGCCUGGAUCCUUCGCAAUACUUUCACCAGCAGCGGGUGCCACCUCCAACCUCCAUUCCAAUGACGGCACAGGGAUCGAACCAUCACGCUUCGGAACAAUUCAGCCCGGGGAUGAUGCCUGCAACCCUACGUUACGAAGAAACCCAGCAUUUCAAGGGCGAGCUCGAAGCAGCAAAGCGAGAGAAUGAGAUACUGAAGAAGCGCAUCAGGGAGCUUGAGAAACAAGUGCAGGAGGGCAAAGCCGGUGAGGCAGGUCCUGCUCGGAGGGAGAGCUUUAGCACAACCGCCAGUAUGCACGUGGUUCCGAGCACAGGCACAAGCGUGGCAGCGCCUAGAGAGAGUUCGUCAGCCCGCACCGACCGUGGUCGAGGUUUGACAAGCCGCAGCGCUACUAGUGACGCAGUGGGAGUUUCUGAAGAGGAGGUCAAGGUAGGAGAGAGCGCGGCGAGUUCAGGUCUUCCGUAG